GGGGAUACCACGUUUCAUCUCAUUUCUCACGAUUCUUCCAGCUGUGUUACACUGUUUGGAUGAGUUACUGUGUUCUACAUGAUAUUGGAAUUUUCAUGGAGUGACAUAUUGUUUUCUUUGCCUAUUUUCUCCAUUUUGGUUCAUGAUUAAGAGACUCAUCCAUCUGGACUGUAGGAAAACAACAGUUGGAGAAAUUAUUUAAUCCUGUGCAAGACAGAUUACUGCUCAAAGAAGGAGUGGGAGAACAGAAUAAUGGCCCACCACCAAACACAUCACCAUAGCCAACAUCAUCACGAACCUCAUCAUCAACAUCACCAUCACCAUCAGCGAUCCCACCCAGCUGAGAGCAGUGACAAUACAUCAGAAAUUAGUAGUGUUCACCAACACCAUAGUUCCCAUCCCCAUGAGGACCAUCAGCAUCACCAUGAAAAAUCCCAUCAUCCUAUCUCUGACAGCCAGCAACACCAUCAGCACCGCCGUGAGAAACAUCGUAGAUCCAGUAAGAAGUCCCGCCCUCGAGCUUCAGUCACAUCAUCAAACUCCUCCAUAUCCUCGUCAGGUUCUUCCUCAGGCUCCUCUUCCUCCUCCUCCUCCUCCUCCUCAACAUCAUCGUCUUCAUCCUCAUCUACUUCAGGUUCUUCAUCUUCAUCUACAUCCUCCACUACUUCUUCCUCUUCUAAUUCCUCCUCUUCAUCCUCUUCCAGUUCUUCCUCUUUCUCUUCCUCUGGCUCGUCUUCAUCCUGGUCCUCUGAAAGUAGUCUAGAGAAUGCCAAGUUGGCUAAACCAAAAAAGGGGAUUCGUCGCCCUCAGCAUUCUCAGUCCUGUACGGACAUCUCCAGCAGAAGGAGGGCCUUUGAGGACGAUGAAGAUGAAGAGGAUACUUUGCUGUUACUGGAAGGUCGUGGGCAGGUCCAGAAAUCUGCGAGUGUAAAGAAAAAUGCAUCUAUCAAGAGAAAGACUAAAGGCAGCACCAAGAGACAAUCUGGAAAAGGUUCCCAGCAAAAGAAAAAAGGACAAAUUGGAAACUUUCGGAAGGCUAAGUCUAUGGAGGUGCUGCCGAGGAAGGUAGAGCGGUCGGUGAAAACAGAAUUGAAUGAGAAAGAAAUGGAAAAGAGGAAGCAAGAGGCCAAAAAGAAUAUUCUAAAAGAAAAAAUGAAGUUUUCUGCUUUUCUGAAUGAGAUCACUAGACAGGUACUAAGUCCCUCCAGGCUGCAGACUCUUGGCGUGACUGAUGCUCGUAGACCUACAAGUCCAUCUCCUGUGAGGUCUCCAAACCUUGAAAGCAAAAAACAAAAACACUCUGCUAGCCGGCCUGGAAGUGCAAACUCUGUGGCAUCAAGUGCACCAUCCCACACCAGCAAACAUUCCCGAUUAAGCAAGCGCUCCAGCCGACGUUCCCAUACCAGCAGGGUUUCUCAGUCAAGCAAACACUCAAGCAAGCAGCAUGUUCAUCAGCACCACCCCAAGCAUCUUCACCAUAGUAUAAGCAGUCACACUAGUACCAGCAGUGGAUCAUCUAAAAGCCAUUCCGUAAAGUCAGGACACAGCCAAAAGGGAAAUAAGGAGCACCACAGUAAGUCUGGUGGUCAUUUGACAGAUGGGAACAGCACCGACACAGAGAAACACCAUUCCCAUCAAGAUCACCAUUCUCCUUCACACCACCACCACCACCAUCACCAUCAUGGAACUCAUCAAAGCCAUUCACCACAUCAUCAUUCUUCGCAUGUGGCAACCCAUCAUCAUUCCCACUUUGAAUCCCAUCACCAUCACCCUACCGCUGGAUCACAUCACCAUAGUGAUCACCACAACCCACAUCAUCAUCAUCAUCAUUCUUCUCAUUUGGAGGCACAUCACCAUCACCCCCAUUCAGAAUCUCACCACCAUCGCUCACCCUCUCCAUCACACCACCACCACCACCAUCAUCAUGGUGAUCAUCAAAGCCCAUCACCACACCAUCAUUCCCAUUCUCCAUCACACCAUCACCACCAUCAUCAUGGUGAUCAUCAAAGCCCAUCACCACAUCAUCAUUCUCCUCACUCAGAAACACACCAUCAUUCACUGACUUCACCACAUCACCACCACCACCAUCAUCAUCAUGGUGAUCACCGAAGCCCUUCCCCAAGUCAAGGUUCUGCACACUCUGAACCACACCAUCAUUCCCAUUUGGAAUCUCACCACCACCAUCACCAUGGUGAUCAUCAAAGCCCAUCACCACAUCAUCAUUCUCCUCACUCAGAAACUCACCAUCAUUCCCAUUCAGAAUCUCACCACCAUCAACAUCAUCAUCACAAUGAUCACAGAAGCCCAUCUCCACAUCAUCAUUCUUCACACUCGGAAACUCACCAUCAUUCCCACCAGUCUUCACCACAUCACCAUCACCAUCAUCAUAGUGAUCACAAAAGCCUAUCUCCACACCAUCAUUCCCACCAGUCUUCACCACAUCACCACCACCAUCAUCAUGGUGAUCACAGAAGCCCAUCUCCACACCAUCAAAUGCUACAUUCAGAAUCUCACCACCAUGAUUCACUUUCUUCACCACAUCAUCACCAAAAUCAUCAUGGUGAUCACAGAAGCCUAUCCCCAAGUCAAGGUUCUACACACUCCGAAACUCACCAUCAUUCCCAUUCCGAUUCUCAACACCAUCAAUCACAUUCUCCACUGCCUCACCACCAUCACAGUGAUCACAGAAGCCCAUCUCCACUACAUCAUUCACCACAUCACCAUCACCACCAUCAUCAUGCUGAUCACCAAAGCCCAUCUCCAAGAAAUCAUUCUCCACACUCAGAAACUCAACAUCAUUCUCUUUCAGAAUCUCACCACCAUGAUUCACUGUCUUCACCACAUCAUCACCAUCAUCACCAUGGUGAUCACCGAAGUCCAUCGCCACACCAUCAUUCUCCACAUCUGGAAACACACCAUCACUCUCAUUCAGAAUCUCACCACCAUCGUUCACCUUCUCCUUUGCACCCCCAUCACCAUCACCACCAUGAUCACAGAGACAACCGAAGUCCAUCCCCUGGACAUCAAUCUCCACACUCUGAAGCACAUCAUCACCAAUCCGAUUCACAAUCACAUCAUCACGCCUCCCUUACAGAUCCUAAUCAGCAUUCCCCUCAUCCUGAAUCGCAUCAUCAUCAUCAUUCAUCUUACCCUGAAUCCCACCAUCACCAUUCCCAUCAUCACCAUUCCCACCAUCAUGAUGAUACUCAUCAGCAUCCAGAGCAUCACCAUCACCAUUCUCAUCACGAUUCUGAAGUUCACUCCCAAGAAGGCCAUCAAGAAGGUCAGCACCAUUCAGAUGCUCACCACCACUCCCACUCCCAUAGCCCAACUCCCUCCGAUGAUCAUCACCAACAUUCCCAUUCUGGAGGUCACCACCACCAUCAUCAUCACCACCCUCAUUCUGUAGAGACAGCUCACCCUCAUAGCCCAUCCCACUCUGAAGGGCACCAUCAUCAUCAUCAUCACCAUUCCCACCCAGAUGCCCACCAAUCUGAAACCCAUCAUCAUCACCACCACCAUCACGAGCACCCGCAUUCUGCCCAUCAUCAUCAUUCCCAUUCGGAAUCUCACACUCACUCAAAUAAGGAGAAUGAGCACCACCAUAACCAUGAGAAUCCAGAAUCUCACCAACAUUUGCAUUCUGAAUCCCAUCACCAUUCCCAUGCAGAAUCCCAUCACCAUCAUCAAGUACAUCCAGAAUCUCACCACCAUCAUCAUGAACAUCCUGAAUCUCACCACCAUCAAGAACAUCCAGAAUCUCACCACCAUCAUCGUGAACAUCCAGAAUCUCACCACCAUCAUCAUGAACAUCCUGAAUCUCACCACCAUCAUCAUGAACAUCCUGAAUCUCACCACCAUCAUCAUGAACAUCCUGAAUCUCACCACCAUCAUCAUGAACAUCCUGAAUCUCACCACCAUCAUCAUGAACAUCCUGAAUCUCACCACCAUCAUCAUGAACAUCCUGAAUCUCACCGCCAUCAUCAUGAACAUCCUGAAUCUCACCACCAUCAUCAUGAACAUCCUGAAUCUCACCACCAUUCCCAUCCUGAAUCACCUCCAAAUCAUUCCCAUUUGGAAUCAUCUCACCAUCACCAUGAACAUCCAGAUUCCCACCACCAUUCCCAUUCUGAAUCCUACCAUCGUUCCCAUAUGGAUACCCAAACUCAACAUCAUCAAUCCCACACUGAGGAGCAUCACCAACACAGGGAUCAUCCCAGUCCUCUUCAACACUCUCCUGUUGGCCAGAGGACCACCUCCCCGCAUUCCAGCAGUUCCGAUUCCUCUGGAAAAACCACAAGCCUUGGCACCCUUGAUGAUCAGUCUACUGCCAGCUACAAGGGAACACCAUUGCCUCUCAUGGAGAAAGGCUCUGAACUUGAAAGGAUCAAAAUGCUUCAGGAACAGAAUGAAGAUCUUCACAACUCUUUGCGGCAGACAGCAACACGUAUGGAAUGCUUGGGAGCUGAGUUUAUUACUGGACAUCAGCUGCUGGAAUCUGAGCUUCAAAUGACUCGAGUGGAGCUCAGCAGUAUGAUGGACAAGUUCACAAGGCUUCAGGAUAACUAUUCUACCACUCAGCAGACCAAUCAUCUACUAGAGAAGAAACUACACUGUGUGGCUGAAACUAUGGGUGGGGAACGUGAGCGACUAAGCCAGCGGAUCUCAGAACUCACAGAGCAACUGUCAGCUGCAAAGACAACCAUUCACAGCCUGGAGACAAUUAAUGUCACCUCCAUGCUACAGGAAGCCCUAGUAAAGCAUUUCAAGUCAGAUGAUCCCCUGAAACCAUUCAAACCUCCAGUUGCGCCUCCUCCUGUUCAGUUUAUGGACAGCGAUCAUUAUGACAAAGGCUCAGUGACUGGGGAUGAGCAAUUGCUGGGGACUCUUCCAGAAGAGGAGGAAUCUGACUGGUCAGAAAUGGGGGAUGAAUCACAACACUAUGCUCUGAGAAGUUCAGAUGGAGGCCACCAUGGUGGCACAGCCUUUUUGCCAUGGCGGCAGGGGCACGGCCAUGUGAUGAGGGCAGACCAGUAUGGAAGGGGAGAUGGGGACACUGAGAGUGAAUCUGGGGGUGAAGAGAAUGUCAGAGGUCAUGGACUACAAAUACCUCACCUCCAGUUCACCAUACACCCCGAGACCCUGCCUGUUCCACUGGCCGACGCCAGUUUGACCCGCUUCAAGCAAAGUCACGGUGGUCCAGCUGGAGACAGUCGCCACUUUCCCCCUGCUGGCCGGCACCUGGGCUCUCCCAUUCGCAUCCUCUCUGCUAGCCUGGAGGAAAUAAACUCCACCGGCCUGCAUCAUCAUGAGCGCCACGGCCAGUUAAAGUGCACUGAAGCCAUGAUGGACCUCCACCGUCCACAAGGAGGCAUUGCUGAGGAUUCGGAUGACGAGGAACUUGUCCGUAACUGGAAGAGACCAAGCAACCAGGGUACUGAAGGUGGUGGGAGAGGGGCUGGCAAGGGGGGUUCUGAGCCAGUAGGCAGUCUAGCAACUCUAGAGUCAGCGCAGAGGAUGCUCAACCACUUUAUACAAGGCGGAGAGAGGACACAGCUCUGAAAUACAAGGUAUUGGAUAAUUACAAGGUAAAGAUAACAUGCCCAUAUGUUGCCUAUAUGGGUAGCUCAACUGGGAGCAAGAAAGUUUUAUCCAUGGGUUCCAUAUAGGCCUCACAUUGGAUGGGCCUAGGAGCGGUCAAACAUGUGCUCUACCUGAGUUCCACACUGCACAUGGGGCCUAGAUGGGGGAUUAAUCUGUGCUUUAAGAAAGUAAAAAGUAAAUACAGGAAGAAGGUCCUGUGUUCUGGAUUAGUGCAUAUUUCUGUGCAGUUUAACUUGGAGCAUCGGCAGAGAUGGCAUUUGUUCAUAGCUGUGGCAAGUAUCUCAACUAUAUACCAGGUUAAACUGCACCUGCAGAAUGCAUUGAACUUAAAUUUGUGGAAUACACAUGAUUGUUGGUUCGGAUUGAGGUCAGAUCAUGCUUGUUUAGGACCUGACCAUGACAACCUACUCUCAAAGGUAUUGAUGCAGUUCUUUAGGUCCACGUAUGGGUGUGAUAAUUGUAUUCACACCCGCUCAAAGGAGUCGCAUCAAGAGUGAAAGGGAACCAACAAAUUAUGUUAAUCUCUGUUAAACUGCCAUGUUGAGUGUCAUGUUUGCCAUGAUUCCUAAUUUAAACCUUUGAAAAAAAUACCACAUGAAUACACUCAUGCAAAUCCUUUUGAGAAUGGAACAUUAGUCUACCAUUUAUUUGCCUAAUUUUCCAUAUUUAAAAAAAAACAUGAAAGCAUAAAAAGUGGAUUGUACAUAUGCAGCUCUGGAAAAAAUUAAGAGACCACUUCAGUUUCUGAAACAGUUUCUCUAAUUUUGCUAUUUAUAGGUAUAUGUUUGAGUAAAAUUAACAUUGGUAUUUUAUUCUAUAAACUACAGACAAAUAUUUCUCCCAAAUUCCAAAUAAAAAUAUUGUCAUUUAGAGCAUUCAUUUGCAGAAAACGAGAAAUGACUGAAAUACCAAAACAGAUGCAGAGCUUUCAGACUUAUAAUAAUGCAAAGAAAACAAGUUCAUUUACAUAAAGCUUUAAGAGUUCAGAAAUUAAUAUUUGGUGGAAUAACUCUGUUUUAAUCACAUUUUUUAUGCAUCUUGGCAUGCUCUCCUCCACCAGUCUUACACACUGCUUUUGGAUGAUUUUAUGCCACUCCUGGUGCAAAAAUUCAAGCAGUUCAGCUUGGUGUGAUGACUUGUGAUUAUCUAUCUUCCUUGAUUCUUGAUUAUAUUCCAGAGUUUUUUUUAUUUGGUAAAAUCAAAGAAACUCGUAAUUUUAAGUGGUCUCUUAUUUUUUUCCAGAUCAGUAUGUAUCCAUAAAUAUUAUAUUACACGAUUUUAAUAACAGAAUUAAACUCUUACAUACAUUACACUGGUAAUAUUUACUGUAAAACUGGUUCACAUUGCAUAUUUUUUGUGUUAUGAAUCAUUAGUGGCAUAUGCAAAUGAGGGAAAGUAGGGCAUUAGUGCCAAAUAUCAUGAAACAUGUAAAACAUGCCAGUAUGCAAAAUGUAAUUUACUUUUACUGCCACAGCAACAUUUUUUUUUUGAUAUUUGUAAUGUGUCCUUUACAAAAUAUAUUGUAAAGGACACAUUACACAGCAUAGAUAAACACUGAAUCACAAAUCUGAUGUGUGGUUGGAUUUUUGUAAUGCAAAAAUCUAAUCUACACAAACCAUGUUUAUAUUGUUUAUACAUGAUUGUACAUGAUGUAUAUGUAAUAGCCAUCAUAUUUAUUAUAGGUCUGUAAUUAAUUAGGUAGCUCCUACUUAGGUGUCCUCUGUCCACUGCUCAGAACUCAAAGGCUGCGCUCCAUGUUUGACCUUUUUAAUCUAAGUUAAAUGAUUUUCAAAAGAAGCUUUUCAAUUCAUAAUUAAAUAUAGGCCCAAAGAGUCUCUUGUAGCUUUCCUGAGGGAGACUAUUUGAUGUGCCCUAGAGCAAAAGCUACUUCUUUUUCGUUUAUCAAACGUACCUGAUUCAGCUCAGUAUCUAGUCCAGGAAUGGGAUUGGGAACUCCUGCAAUGGAAACUGACAAGGAUGCUGCAUUUGUAGCAUCAGUUACGGUUAAUUAUUAACAAUGUUUUAACCCAACCAUGGAUUUGUUAAAGCAAAAUAGCACAAUAGAAGUGUGUGAGCAGUGUCGAUCACAGUAUUUGAUAUAUUAAUUUUCAUACUUAAGAAAAGUACAAAUGAGCCUUCAGCAUCAUAGGUUAAGUCUUUGCUAAACAGUAAAAAAAAGCAUGACUGAAAACAGAUCAUUAGUUCCUAAUCUAGCAGUGGCACAGGAGUUUUCUCUGCAUGGACCUACUCUAGUCAACUUUACUCGACUCUGCUGUUUGGUAUCUGGUAUCUGGUACCUGGUUCUUUUCCAUUAUUACAGCUCCCUUUUGAAAAACACUGUCACAACCAUCUUAAGCAUGACAGCACAGUAAGAAUGGAAACAUCUGAACUUCCCGCCGUCAUUAUGAGCCCAAGCCCGAUUUAAACCCGAUUUUUUUUUUGUAAGUAGAGUAAGUAAGUAAAACUGAGCUUUUUAAAAACAUUUUCAGGCUGUUUAAAUGAGCGAAAUCUGUACAGACUGAUUAACAGCAGUCUUAACAUUGCAACACUAAAGAAGCAUAGACCUAAUAUUUAAGAAAAUGUUUAUUAAGAACAGCUACACACAGCGCUGCAAGUCAAGUGCGUAAUGUGCCCCUGAGCUGUGUGAUUAUAACUUGUGCAACUUUUUUUAUAACACAGUUUGAUUUGUUACUUUGAUAAAUUGUGAUUUUCACGCCUAUGUCACAGACCAUUUUCCUGAGCCCGACCCUACCAGGCCCGAAAAAAGUGGUAGGAAGUCCACUUUCCUACUUUCCUAGGAGUUUGGGUCAGGCAGACUCUCAUUAAUAACGAAUCUGGCAUGGUAAUCUGCUAGCUACCUCUGCCUGUGACUGUACUACACCAAACCAAUCAACCUGUUCGACCUAAAUAUGUUUUUUUGCAAAUAAAUUAACUUAUCAUCCUAUUACUUAACCUCAUAUGUUACAUUACAUUUACUGAACAAUCUACAUAUUUAAAAUAUUUUUUUUGCGCCCUUGCAGUAACUCUGUGGCCCACUGGUGGGCCAUGUCUCAAAAGUUAAAAUCACUGACCUACAUUAUCUAAACUACACAAAUCUAUAUUGACAUUAACAUGCUGCAUGUGGAUAAUAGAAGUGACAUACCACUACAUAUGAUAUUAUAAAGCAUUAAUUAAUGAGGUACGCUCGGUCUGUGGCCUUUGACGGCUGCUCGGAGCUGAGAGCCUGCACUGCAUAGGUUCAGUUACACUUUGAGCUGUCUGAGUUGUACUGAAUUUCAAAUGAGGAUUCUCAAUUCAUAAUCAAAGAUAUGUCCAAGAUCCACUCGUAGCCUUGCUGAGGGUGCCUCUUUGAUGUCGUCUGGAGGCAACAUCAAACAAAAAAGUGGCACUUUGAUUCUACUAGUGUACUAGACUCGAUUGCCCUUAGACAGCCCUUUCUGCUAGCACACGGCCAUGUUCACAGAGUAGAAAGCUUAAAGAGCCUGGCAUGAAUCUCACCCACUCUUUUUCUCCUUCUUCUAGUGCUUCUUUUAUUUCUUCUUUUUGGAUUUUGAAACAAGGAGCUGAUCAUGUAUCAAAGUAGCAGGAUGUCAGGCCACAGGCCUUUUUUCAACAACGAUCAGAAAGCAGCUUGAUAAAAUGGUGAAUUUAUAGCAAAAUGUAUUAGAAAUGUGUUUCUCUCUUAAAGUUUUCAUUUGUUUCCAUUAUAUUUAUUUCCCAGGAAUAUUUAGAGGCACUAGUACAGUAAUUAAGGUCAAACAUGGGGAUAAAGUCUCAAGCUUUUUGUGCAGAUAAUGAAGGUUUAGACGUAACCACUUUGUUUAUUUUCAUUGUCUAGUUUUGAUUGGGUUUUAAAGUUCUAAAAAACAGAGCUGGGGUACCCGUGGCCAAAGGUCACAAUAUUCUCAGAUUCAUUCUUAGUUUUAAUCUAUUUAGUAAUCUACUUAUACAUUUAUUUGAGUAAUUGUCUGUUUUUUUGCGUUGUUAAAAGAAAGUAACGAAAAUCGUAUGCUUUAUUGUAUUCUUUUUUCUGUGUUUCU